UUGGCCAUCUUUAAUAAUACGUCGCCUGUGGUCUAAAAUCUAAAGCUUCAAAACAAAAUUUCGUUUGGUGAUUAGUUUGUCGAAUUUCUGAUUGAAAUGAUCGAGGAACACGACGAACAAGAAACGAUAUGCGAUUCAGUGAAUUCACUGGUUGAAGGCUGUCGUUUACCAGUUAGGAUGUUUACUACGGACGAUUGGCCUCUUGCCGAAAUCAUCAGUGUCAAAGACGUACAAGGUGUCAAAUGUUAUUAUGUUCAUUAUGUGGAUUUCAACAAACGAUUAGAUGAAUGGGUUAUGGAGGAUUGUUUGGACACUAGGAAAGUCCAAUAUCCUCGUCGUGAAGGAACGACACCAGGAACUGAUGCAGCAACACCAAAAAAGCAGGUUCCUAGUAGACCUCCUAGUCCCAGUAGUAUUAUCAUUGAACCAGUUAAUGGUAAUGCUGUGCUACAAGCUGCGCUACAAAAAAAAAUGUCUAGAAAAAGAAAGGCGACAUUUCUAGAAAAUGAAGAUUCUCAGGAUGGUCCGCCACAAGCCGCCGCAAAUACGCCAGGUCCCAGACCUACUGGCUCCCUAGUAGCGCAUCAGAAUGACGAUGUAGUCACGAGAAUGAAAAACGUAGAAUUAAUUGAACUAGGCCGUCAUAGGAUAAAACCAUGGUACUUUAGCCCAUAUCCACAGGAGAUGGUAAAUUUAAAUUGUAUAUAUAUCUGCGAGUUCUGCCUGAAAUAUAGGAAGAAUCGAAAAUGCUUGGAGAGACAUUUAGUUAAAUGUAAUCUACGUCAUCCACCCGGAAAUGAGAUAUACAGGAAAGGAUCUAUAUCAUUUUUCGAGAUUGAUGGCCGCAAGAAUAAGAAUUAUGCACAAAACCUUUGUUUGCUAGCAAAACUAUUCCUGGACCAUAAAACUCUCUACUAUGACACAGAUCCCUUUUUAUUUUAUGUAAUGACUGAAUUUGACAGCAGAGGAUUUCAUAUAGUUGGCUAUUUCUCCAAGGAGAAGGGAUCGACAGAAGAUCACAAUGUAGCAUGUAUUCUAACACUGCCACCAUACCAGAGAAGAGGUUACGGCAAGCUCUUGAUAGAAUUUUCGUAUGAGCUAUCGAAAUUCGAAGGAAAGACCGGCUCUCCCGAAAAGCCAUUGUCCGAUUUAGGUUUGCUUUCGUACCGAAGUUACUGGGCGCACACAAUACUCGAUAUCCUGUUAAAUUUAAAGCCUGUGGUGGAGAAUGAGAAACCACAGAUAACAAUAAACGAAAUUUCCGAGAUUACGUCGAUUAAAAAGGAGGACGUGAUAUCGACUUUGCAAAAUCUGAAUCUCAUUAAUUACUACAAAGGACAAUAUAUUGUGACACUAAAUAGGGAAAUUAUUGAACAACAUACAACUGCGAUGGAAAAGAGACAGAUUAGGAUAGAUCCUAAAUGUCUACAUUGGACACCGAAAACUGGAGUGUUAGGGCUAAAUGGUGAAAAAAACCCUGAAUUGACAAUAAGAUGAUGCUGAUUUGUUUUGAAAUUAUUUUUCAGGAGAUUUCCAGAAGUAAUUACAGUUGAUGAAUAUACAAAAGUUGUACAUAUAUAUAUACAUAUAUAAAUUAAUCUUUGACCUCUCAAUGGUCUAGCGUUUUAUAAGACUGUAUUUGGCAUUGUGUACGCUUAUCGCGUUGCUAUGUAGAAACUCGUCGACGUAUGCAAAUUUCGGUUGUAGAGAAUUAAGAUCAUACAACGCGAGUGAUUGCGGGGUAAAAAAUAUUAAUGUAAUGAUAUAUAUCUUAGAACCAAACGCAAUGUUUUAAUAUGGUGGUUAGAAUUUUUUUAAAGGUGCGUAAAAACGAUUGUUAUUGCUAUGCCAUGAUCGAUUUGUAUAGAAAAUCUAUCAAUCUUGUGUAGUAUUGUAAAUAAAUGUGAUUUUAUAACAUACUUACAAUUUCUCAAUAGCUCAAGCGCAUUCAAAUUUUAUAGAGAAAUAUUUGUAUAGGCUCAAUACUCAGAGUGCUGUUUAUAAUCCGUUUUUUAGUAUACAAGAAGACAAAAUGUAGACAUAUGCAUCAUACCCAUUGUGUAUAAAUAUUGUAUAAAUAUGUACACAUCUUUUCACAUUGUUAUUUAUAUAUUGUACAUUUUCCCGCGAUAUAGUUGAGGUAAUUAGAUAAUAACGAGUAUUAUAAAACAAGUACUAUAAAAACGAGUACUCAUCAAAAAUGUAUAUUGUGUAUUUGUGUGUACGAGUAUCUACACGAUACGCAAGCAAUCUUAUUUCAAAAACGAUUUUUAGCUAUCACCAUCAUUAUUGAUUGUAUCAUUAAAAUCGAGAAUGUAAAUAAUUUACUAAAUUCCUAAUAUUUUACUGAAUGCCGUCCGCGGGAUUUAUUUUUCAUUUGUAGUUUUACCACAAUCCAAAUAUCGAAUUUUUAUAGCUUAUAUAGUCGAUGUUUGUGUAUUACAAAUUUAUAGGUGAGGAGCGCCCCUUGAUGUAGAUAAUCAUGUUUUUCCUUUAUAACAGAAAGAAGAGUUAUAUAUAGUUACCACUAAAAAAAAAAAAAAAAUAAAUAAAUU